CUGGGGUGUGCUGCCCGUUUAGGGGGAGCGCUGCCAUAUUUUGGGGGUGUUUGUGGGCUUGGGGAUGUUGCCGGGUUUGGAGGAUGCUGCUGCCAUCUUUUGUCCAGGUGCAUCUAACUCCAAGAAGGGUGGAAGUGUAAAGGCAGGAUCCUCUCCAGGAAGCUUUGUUCCAGGUAUCUAUCUGUCUUAUGUCCACUUGGGAAUUGGUGCCUGUGAAGAAUGACGUCAAGAGGUGCUGGGACUGCUUUCUCGAGGAAGAACUACAGGCUGAGCACUGAGCCAGAGAAGUCCAAGGUCACAGGGAUUGUGAACAGCAGGUUACUGAAUGAUUAUCUGCAUCGCAUCUUCACUAAUGCUGAUGGGAUCCAGUCUGCAGCUGCUUACAGAAAGCAUCUGACGUUCCAGAACCUGCAGGAGCACCUUGACCGAUUGCUAGCAGAGGAAAACGGCUUUGAAGACAGUCGAGACCAGGUAGCAGAGGGCCGGCUUGGCCCCUCUACUGUGGUGUUGGACCACACAAGCGGUUUUGAGGGCCUCCUGCUGGUUGAUGAUGACUUACUUGGGGUGAUUGGCCACAGUAACUUCGGCUCCAUCAGGGCCACAACGUGCGUGUAUAAAGGGAAAUGGAUCUAUGAGGUGCUCAUCUCCUCCCAAGGACUCAUGCAGAUUGGCUGGUGUACGCUCAACUGCAGAUUUAAUCAGGAGGAAGGAGUUGGAGAUACACCAGAUUCAUAUGCUUACGAUGGAAACAGAGUGCGCAAGUGGAAUGUGACCACUACCAACUAUGGCAAAUCUUGGGCAGCAGGUGACAUCGUCAGCUGUCUGAUAGACCUUGAUGAGGGUACCAUUGCUUUCUGCUUGAAUGGCAUAUCUCUGGGAACCGCUUUUGAUAACAUCACAAGGGGUGCUGGAAUGGCUUACUUCCCUGCCAUCAGCCUCUCGUUCAAAGAGUCUGUUGCUUUUAACUUCGGCAGCCGUCCACUCCGCUAUCCAGUGGAAGGCUACCGCCCCUUGCAAGAUCCUCCUGUUGCAGACCUAGUGAAGGCUCGCAAGCUGUUAUGCUAUCUGAAGAACGUGAUCCAUAUUGGGAUAGAUGUGACGGAGGGGAAGCUGGUGGAGAAGGACACAUCCAUAUGGCAACUGCAGGGAGAACCCACAGUGCUGAUUACAUUAGCCCACAUAUUCAAUUACUUUGCUCCUCUCAUGUGCAAGGUGUACCUGGUGGAAGAUGUGCUUAUGACCUUCCUGUUGAGUAUCCUGGAGCGAGGAGGAGCAGUGGAGGCCCACCCCCUUAUCCAGCAAUUGCUGGAUCUCAUGUGGCUUCUCAUGGAGGAGUAUGAAGUGCACGAGUGCCUCAAGCAGUUACUGAUGUCCCUGCUGCGGGCUUACAGGUUCUCCCCCAUCAUCCCAGACCUGGGAUUACAAAUUCACUACCUCCGGCUCACCAUUGCAGUCUUGAAGCAUGAGAAAUCCAGGAAAUACCUACUCAGCAACGUUCUCUUUGAUGUACUCCGUUCGGUUGUGUUCUUCUACAUUAAGAGCCCUCUGCGUGUGGAGGAGGCUGGUUUGCAAGAGCUCAUUCCCACCACGUGGUGGCCAAACCGCUUCACCAAAGAGGGCAAGGAGAGUAAGGAAGUGAAGGAGGAGAGCGCUGAAGAGAGACUAAGGCGGCGGGCAUAUGAAAGAGGCUGCCAGCGGCUCAAGAAACGCAUUGAAGUGGUGGAAGGUCUCCAGGUUCAGAUUCUGAAGCUGCUGCUCAACAAUAAAGACAGAGGAGGGGGGGAAGCCUCCAGAUACAUCUUCCUAAACAAAUUCCGCAAGUUUCUUCAGGAAAAUGCUAGCAACAGAGGGAACUUGACUGUGCUGUGCCCACCGGAGUACAUGGUGUGCUUCCUGCACCGGCUCAUUGCCGCCCUGCGUUUCUUCUGGGAUGGCCACAAGGCGAAGAACCCUGCCACGCUGAGCAGCGAAGAGGCGUACGUUCCUCCUCAACUCUUCUAUAAUGGGAAGGUGGAUUAUUUUGACCUUCAGCGACUUGGAGGUCUCCUGUCUCAUCUCAAGAAGACUCUGAAAGAUGACCUGGCUGCAAAGGCCAAUGUCCUGAUUGACCCUGCAGAGCUGCAGGCAGUGACUAUGGAUGAUCUUGAUGAAGAUGAGGAAUCAGCAAUGUCGGCAGCACAGUCUCAGCGUCCUUCUGCCGCGCUGGCCAUUGGCGGAGCUCUUGCAAGACCUGGCUGGCUCAGCUCCCCCACCCUGGGCCGCGCCAACCGUUUCCUCAGCACAGCAGCUGUCAGCCUGAUGAACCCACGGCGGCCUCUCGGCACCCUGGAGAAGAUCAAAGUACGCACACUAAGUGUGGAGCAGCGGACAGAGGAGGACAUUGAAGGCAGCCAUGGAAAUGAGGGUCUCUUACUGGGCAGACCCCCAGAGGAGCCGGAGCAGCCCAUCACAGAGAACUCCCUUCUGGAAGUCUUGGAUGGAAUAGUGAUGAUGUACAACCUCAGUGUCCACCAGCAGCUUGGGAAGAUGGUUGGUGUGUCAGAUGAUGUGAAUGAAUAUGCCAUGGCACUGAAGGACACAGAGGAAAAAAUCAGCCGCUGCCCGAAGAGGAGGAGAGACAUCCAUGAGGAACUGCUGAAGAGCCAAAAGGUGUUCUCCGAGAAGCUCAAUCACCUAAGUCGUCGCCUUGCCUGGAUCAACGUCACCAUCUAUUCUAAGGAGAAGAUGCAGGACAUAUAUUGGCUGCUGCGCGUGUGCAUCCGCACCAUUGAGCAUGGUGACCGGACAGGCCCGCUUUUUGCUUUCAUGCCAGAGUUCUACCUCAGUGUGGCUAUGAACAGCUACAGCGCACUCAAGAACUACUUCAGCCCUGUCAACAGCAUGGAGGAACUUCCAGGUUAUGAAGAGACUCUGAUGCGCCUUGCAGCCAUCCUGGCCAAGCACUUUGCUGACUCAAGGAUCGUGGGCACGGACAUCCGGGACUCCCUGAUGCAGGCGUUGGCCAGCUAUGUCUGCUACCCCCACUCACUGCGUGCUGUUGAGAGGAUCCCAGAGGAGCAGCGGAUCUCCAUGAUGAAGAAUCUCCUGGCUCCCUAUGAGCAGCGACCGUGGGCGCAAACCAACUGGAUCCUCGUCAGGCUGUGGCGGGGCUGUGGCUUCGGGUACAGAUACACACGGCUCCCACACCUGCUGAAAACUAAGCCUGAGGAUGCCAGCCUCCCUAGCUUGCAGAAGCCAUGUCCCUCCACCUUGCUGCAGAGACACAUGGCAGACCUGCUCCGCAGUGACCGCGACUUGGCUCCCAGCUUCCUCAACAGCGUCCUCAACCAACUGAACUGGGCUUUCUCCGAAUUCAUUGGCAUGAUUCAGGAGAUCCAGCAGGCAGCGGAGCGCUUGGAAAGGAACUUUGUGGACAGCCGCCAGCUGAAGGUGUGUGCCACGUGCUUCGACCUGUCGGUGAGCUUGCUCAGGGUGCUGGAAAUGACCGUCACACUGGCACCCGAGAUCUUUCUUGAUUGGAAUCGCCCAUCGUCAGAGCUCCUGCUUCGGAGGCUCGCCCAGCUCUUGAACCAGGUGUUGAAUCGUGUGACAGCAGAAAGGAACUUGUUUGACAGAGUGGUCAACCUCCGUCUGCCUGGGCUGGAGAGCGUGGAUCAUUACCCAAUCCUCGUGGCUGUGACAGGAAUACUGGUCCGGCUGCUUGUGGACACUGAUGUUCAAGGGGCUGAGCGUGCGACGGCCGUGCUGCUGGCGGACCCCUGCUUCCAGCUGCGCUCCAUCCCACAGAGAAGCGGCAUCCCAUUUCCUCCUGCCCCGUGCAGUGCCUAGUGGCCUAGGGGCAGCCCAAAGGACACCUUCGCAUGCACCCUCCCCCACUGGUUUGUCUCCACAGACAUGGAUUACAUCAGUGCCGAGGAGCUGGCGAAGGUGGACAAGAUGCUGAGCCACCUGAGCGAAGAGUCUAAGCAGGCAGCUGCUACCACCCUACCCACCAGUGAGGAAGACCUGUGCCCCAUCUGUUAUGCACACCCCAUCUCGGCCAUCUUCAGACCCUGCUCCCACAAGUCAUGCAAAGCCUGCAUCAACCAGCACCUGAUGAACAACAAGGACUGCUUCUUCUGCAAGGCCACCAUCACGGGGGUGGAUGAUUUCACCAAGCCAUCCAGCUCGUAGCACCCAGCCCCAGACCAUGGGCUCCCCUGGCUAAGCAGAGUGCCCUGUACUGCUGCACGCCAGCUUCUCCCCAAAAGCUCCCACUGCCCUGGGGUCACGGCCCCCUCACCCACCCAGGCUGCCCCCGCUCACUCAGACUGCAGGCAGUUGGCUGUUGCCCUCUGGCUGAAAGGCCAGGAGCGAGCAUGGUGCUGGGGCAGAGGGACUGGAGGAAGGGAGAGGCUGGUUCAGGGGAGGCCUGAUGCGAGGCUGUGGGUCCAGCAUCCCCCCUCACCCAAAGCUGAGAGAGCACAAGGCCUCAUCUCCCCAGCAGCACUGGGGGCAGGUGCAGCAGCACCAUGAACCACAUGUGGCAAAAAAAAUAGGCCUGGACUCACUCAGCCCCAGGUUGAGCACGGGGCCAUGGCAGGUGCAGGAAAGGCUGUGCGUUUGUGCUGUGUUCAACUCGCCCCUGGAUGGGGUCUGACUUCAUGAAACGGAGCAUUAAAUUAUUCUUCCUUAC